GGUGAAGAUGAACAGAAUGAGGUUGAGAAUCGCCGAGCGCUUGAAGCAGUCUCAGAACACGGCAGCCUCCCUCACCACUUUUAACGAGGUGGACAUGUCGUCUCUCAUGGAGUUCAGGAAGCUCUACAAGGACGAUGUGCUGAAGAAGACCGGUGUCAAGCUGGGAUUCAUGAGCGCUUUCUCUCGUGCAUGCGUCCUAGCUAUGAAAGAUGUCCCUGCAGUCAAUGCAUCCAUUGAAGGGCCGAAUGGCGGUGACACCAUUGUCUAUCGAGACUAUGUCGAUAUCAGUGUAGCCGUCGCCACUGAAAAGGGUCUUGUGACACCGGUGGUCCGUAACGCGGAGACCAUGGACCUUGUCGGCAUUGAGAAGUCCAUUGCAGACCUCGGCAAGAAGGCCCGCGACAACAAGUUGACGAUCGAGGACAUGGCCGGAGGUUCUUUCACUAUCAGCAAUGGCGGUGUUUUCGGCUCUCUCAUGGGCACGCCGAUCAUUAAUCUUCCACAGACGGCCGUUCUUGGACUUCAUGCCAUCAAGGACAAGCCUGUUGCCGUCAACGGUAAAGUCGAAAUUCGCCCUAUGAUGUAUCUUGCUCUGACUUACGAUCACCGCCUUCUGGAUGGCCGGGAGGCUGUCACUUUCCUUGUCAAGGUCAAGGAAUACAUUGAAGACCCCCGUCGCAUGCUUCUGGGCUAAGCUGUUUGCCACGACUUGUUUACCGAUCGGCAGCGGAGGGCCAGGGACCAUUACCAUCUCCGCGCGUUCCUGAUAUCCUGGCGUGUAGAAUAUUGUUUUGCAUGGGUCCGUUUUAGAAAUCAUUUAUCGACAUUGGUUACUGUUCAAUCCAUGUAGAGAGGCCCACCAUUGCAGCUAGUCUUGUGAUUUGUCUCCCCAAUGUCCGACUAUAAACUGUACAGAUGAC